AUAUUUUAUAGGUACAGUAUACCUGGUAAUGCUACUAAAAUGCACUAAAAACGUAACAUAGUUCUUAUUUUUUUUCUUUUUGAUUAUCAACAGUUCAAGCAAUGAAUUUAGUUGGGCAUUUUUAUGAUUUUUACAGAACUACAAAAUAAUAUUUCAAGACAGCAGGAGGGUUGAAACGGGCCAACACCUGCUUGCAUCACCAUUGGCUGAUGUGAUGGACCAAUAUCAAGCUUUUACAAAAAGGGAAAUACGCCCCCGGUAAACUCGCUGUACUUGCUCUCAUAUUCUGAAGCACUGCACAACGAUGAGCAACGGAUUCGCAACUACGGGUCAUACACCCACUUGGGAUUCGAGUUUGACGAAUACAGAUAGUCAAAGUUACGAUGAAUGUUGGCCGGAUGCUCACCUCUAUCAUCACCAUCACCACUUACACCACCACCAUAUUCACCAACAUUCAACUACAGUAUCUCAAAUGUGGCCAAACCCGCAUAAUCACGCUCAGCAACAGAGUAUAAAUCAAAAUGCUGUUCCCAGAAGCGGCGGCAGUAGUUCGCAAAAGUCGUCAUCAAUGGCGUCGUCGAAGAAAAUCCGGCGGCGGGUGGCCACGUUGGCGCAACGGCGUGCGGCCAACAUACGCGAGCGCAGGCGCAUGUACAACCUGAACGAGGCGUUCGACAAGCUCCGGCGCAAAGUGCCCACGUUCGCGUACGAAAAGCGGCUGUCCCGGAUCGAAACGCUCAGGCUGGCCAUCACGUACAUCGGGUUCAUGACCGAACUGCUGCAGUCGACCCCGUCGCCCGGUGGAGGCGCCGACGCUGCCCAGUCACCCGCGUCCGCGCCCUACGCUCUGCCGCCCCAACACCACGACAUCCCCUACGCGCCCUACUCGUUGAUACCGCCCGUGUAGAGGGGUGCAGGUGUAGGUGGCCGCCACCCCUCCUCGAAAGCUGCUGUGCGACAUAUAUCAUAUAUGUAUACAUAAUAAGGUGUCGACCGCCCGUAAGAAAUCUGCCGUUACUUAUUACAUUAUAUGUGCAGCGGGUGUGCAAUCGAUCUAAACCUAUUAUUAUAGCUGUUGACAUUUUUGCUCUCCAAACUGCAAACCUCUCCCGCUAAUUAUUAUUAUAUAAUAUGAGAUUACCGCGGGGAUGACAUCAACAUAAUAUUAUAAUAUAGUGUCGACAAUAUUUUGUAUUAUAUUAUACGUUUUUAAAUACUUGGAAACAAUUAUUAUAAAACAUAUUUUAACUAUUUUACGAUAGUGAAAUGUGACAAAAAAGUCACGCACUACCCUCCUCACCGUGUAUAUUAUGUAGGAUAGUAUUAUGUAGGUACUAUACUGUAAUUUUACAAUUCAAAAUAUUCGUGCUUACGCGGACAAACUUUGUACAUAUGUAAAAACUAUUGUAAGAUACGAUUUGUAUAUAUAAUUGUUAUUAUUAUAAAGGUACCUACCUAGCUACCUAUACGCAUAAUAUUAUGAUUUAUGAUAAAAACAAAGUUGAAAGUUAUUGUCUGAAAGUUGUAUAAGAUUGAUCUAUUGAAGUAUAUUAUACCUAUAAGACGGUUUUACAAUGAA